AUGCCUCUGACUGGGGUGGAUCCGAAUACGACCGACACCUCGUUGCCUGCUGUCCUUUCAGCGAAUGAAGCCAUUCUCAAUGGCAUUCACAACAGCGGGUUGCCAUGGUGGGCCACGAUUGUUGCGACUACCUUUGCACUGCGAUCGACAUUGACGCUGCCCAUUGCCGUUUAUCAACAACGUAGUUUGGGCAAAAUGAUCGAACUGGCUCCCAUGAUCACGAGCUGGGGAGAAACUCUAAAAGUACACGUUGCCAAGGAAUCAAAGUUUGGUACCUACGACUACAAACAAUAUCAAUCCGAACUACAGAAACAGUAUCGCAAAAAAGUCAAUGAAAUCUAUGCACAGCAUGGAUGUGCUCGCUGGAAACUGCUGGUGCUUCCUUGGGUGCAAAUUCCCUUGUUCAUAUCCAUGUCGCUCACGCUUCGCCAUAUGACCGCUUAUCCUCUUCCGUGGUUUGGUCAAUUGCAAGAACUGCCCACGGAAGGAUUCACUCAAGGUGGUCUGCUGUGGUUCACCGAUCUCACCGCCACAGACUCCACCGCCAUCCUCCCUUUUCUCAUCGCCGCAGGCAAUCUUCUCAAUGUAGAGUUGAAUGCUUGGUUCACACGAGGGCAGCGAACAAGAUCGCAAAAGAUAUGGACCAAUGUGUUCCGAUGUUUAUCCGUGGCCUUCUUCCCUAUUGCCGCUCAAGCACCGACGAGUCUUGGACUCUACUGGGUCACCUCCAGCUGGUACAGUGUGAUCCAGAAUGUGACCUUUAGAAUCCCGGCCGUUCGAAAACGCCUCGGCAUGCCGUUGCUGCCCAAGAAAGUCGGCCCACCUGUCACAGAUUAA